CCCCACUAAAAUCUAUUUGCAACGUUCCCCAUUUUUCCCUCGUAUGUGUACGUAGAAACCAAGAUGUUGUUGUAUGUUCUUUCAGUUAUUUUAUCAAGCGUCCUGAUCAUACUAUUCGCACUUAAAACGUAUUACCCUUAUCUGUGGAUGGAUAUUUUGUACGUGGGUGAGCUACUGUGGAUUUUAGCGACUUUUACUUCCAUGCGCAGGAGGAGACCGUUGUUCUUGGCUGUGGACCGAUUCGCGGAGCAGACAGCUGCGCAUCCGGACCGAACGUUCGUUGUAUUUGAAAACCAAACUUAUUCCUACACCGCCGCAGAUAAAAGGAGCAACAAAAUUGCCAACGCCUUACAAUCACUCUGUGGAUACACAUCUGGAGACACUGUGGCACUUUUCAUGGGCAAUGAGCCCGCCUUCAUGUUUACUUGGCUGGCCUUGGCUAAACUGGGCUCCCCCGUGGCUCUUCUUAAUCAGAACAUUCGCAACAAGUGCCUGCUUCACUGUUUUAACUGCAGCAAGGCCAAAGUGCUGAUAGCAGCUUCAGAGCUGAAGGAAGCAGUGCAGGAAGUGCUGCUCUCCCUGUCUGAGCAGGGUGUCACCGUGCUCCUGAUGUCAGAACACUGCAAUGCUCCUGGACUCCAGAGCUUCCUCGAUAAAGUGAAUGAGGCUUCAGACGCUCCACUUCCUCGAUCAGUCAGAUUGCACAUCACAUACAAAACCCCUGCGGUUUAUAUUUAUACGUCUGGAACCACGGGUCUCCCCAAGGCGGCUGUGAUCAACCAGAACCGCCUCUUAAAAAAUCUGGCGGUUUUAUCUUUCAACGGCAUAACAUCGAGGGAUGUUAUUUACCUCAACUUGCCCUUGUACCACACAGCUGGGUUUAUGAUUGGCUUUAUUGGCUCCAUUCAGACAGGGUCUACAAUCAUUCUGAAGAGGAAAUUUUCUGCCUCUCAGUUUUGGGACGACUGCAGGAAACACAACGUGACUGUUAUCCAAUACAUAGGAGAGGUUUUGCGUUAUCUCUGCAACAUGCCAAAGAGAGAAAAUGACAAGGACCAUAAAGUGAGAAUGGCCAUUGGAAACGGGCUAAGGGCAGAGAUAUGGACAGAGUUUCUUACUCGCUUUGGGAACAUCCAGAUCCAAGAAUUUUACGCCGCCACCGAGGGAAAUGUGAUAUUUGUCAACUACCCCGGGAAAAUCGGAGCUAUUGGAAGGGUCAACUUUUUUCAGCGGAUGGUGUUUCCCUAUGUUCUUAUUAAGUAUGACAUAGACAGGGACGAGCCAGUUCGAGAUACUAAUGGUCUCUGUAUUGAGUCACCCAAAGGUGAAACGGGACUGAUGGUGUCGAAGAUCACGGACAUGGCUCCCUUUGUCGGCUAUGCCCAGAAUGAAGAACAAACAGAACGGAAAAGACUCCGUAAUGUUCUGAAGAAAGGAGAUCUGUACUUCAACAGCGGAGACCUGAUGAGGAUCGAUGAAGACAACUUCAUUUACUUCCAAGAUCGCGUUGGUGACACAUUCAGGUGGAAAGGUGAGAAUGUGGCCACAACAGAGGUGUCUGACAUCCUGACAAUCAGUGACUGCCUCAAAGAAGCCAAUGUUUACGGGGUCCAAGUGCCAGGGCAUGACGGACGAAUAGGCAUGGCUGCUGUAACUGUGGUGGAGGAUGGCCAGUUUGAUGGGAGUCAGGUUUAUAAUCAUGUGGUUAGGCACCUGCCCUCGUAUGCCCGGCCUCGCUUUCUGAGAAUACAGAAUGCAGCUGAGCUGACGGGGACUUUCAAACAGAUGAAGGUAAAGUUAGUGGAAGAGAGUUUUGACCCAGGAUGUAUUCAAGACCCUCUCUACAUCCUUGACGAUAAUGACAAGAGCUACGUACCUCUCACUGCUCAGGUCUACGGCACCAUUUUGUCAGGGAACAUCAAACUAUGAGGCGUUGGAUGCUUUAAGCUCUCCACGCCUAGGAUUACAGGAAAAGGGAUGGUGUGUCUAGAAAAAAUACACAAAGCUUUUCGACUAACAGAAUAUGAGCUGCUUCAGCAACAGCAUAUAUUGAACUCUUACAGCUAUAUAAGAGACUUUACUUUAUACUCUACUAGCUAUAUAUAUAUAUAUAUAUAUAUAUAUAUAUAUAUAUAUAUACCUAUACCUAUAUAUCUACUACAACUUCAGUAUGUACCUAAAAAUGAUUAUAUAAUAAAGGUGAUAGCUGAAGUAAAACCA